AUGGCAGAUGGACCAGACAUGGGGGAAAUCGCCAGCUUUGAUAAGGCCAAACUAAAGAAAAUGGAGAUACAGAAGAAUGCCCUGCCAGAGACCAUUGAGCAGGAGAAGUGGAGUGAGAUUUCCUAA